AUGACGUCUCUGACCUGCAGCUCUUCCGCACAGACAGUGGAGGAAUGCACAGAAACGUGGUAUGAUUCCUGCCCUCCGAGGCUCGGAGCAUCGGCCUGCCAGUGUGACUAUCAGAGAUCACUAAUUGGACUGCAGUGUGGGUUGGCUGCCAAAUAUUCAAACUUCCGCAGCGGCCGGAUACUAUCCCCGGUUUUCUCGUACCGGACAAAAUCUUGCGUAUCCUUCAUCUACAUGUUAUCAGGGAAGGAACAACAAAUCUCCGUCAUUAUGCAGCUGCCAAAUCUCUCCGCAAUGAACACCCGACUUGCUUUUGAUUUCAAGCGGCUAACUAUCAAUGACAUCUCAUCUAACGGUUCAUCAUCUAACAGUUCAUUUAUUAUCAGUCUGAAAGAUGUGAGGCUUCAUGCUAACGGAUGCCCAGCUUCCUUCCCAAAGAGUGUCUGCCGAUUCGAUAGCCUUGAUGUGUGUGCCAUUGGAGACUCCAUCUGUGUGCAACAGGACGUGUGGUCCAUUGCAGAAAACAUGCUUGUUGGGGAUGCAGUAAAUGCUUUUCAAGAUGUGGAGCACCCAUUCAACAUGUCCACUCCUAAUCUGGAUGCAUCACUGCCAUGGUUCCUGGCGUUUAGAUACUCUCAGUCUGGUUAUGGAAUAAGAACCAACGACUUGCAACUCAAAGUCAGAGUUGGAUCCAGACUGCUGUUAACAGAUAGAAAGUCUAGACUUGAAAUGGAAAAAAUAUGCCUCCCCAUUCCUGGCCAGAUUGCGUUCAAAGAGGUGAGCUUCAUUCUUCAGACUGGUUUAUCGUCAGGAAAGAUCUACCUCGAUGACAUCAGUUUAGGAAACAUAGAGUGCCCACAUCCUGCAGCAUGUGACUUUGAGGUGUCCUCAUGUAACUACACCGUAAAACAAUCCAUCUACUACCUGAAAUGGUACAGGACAAGCAACAUGGACCACAGUAAUGCAAAUGGACAAGGUUAUUCCAUUUAUCUUAACAAUAACUAUGGAAGUGUAGGCCAAACUUCUAAAUUAUCAACACCAUCGGUUGACCUUCUACACGAAGAUGAACGUUACAAGUGCAUGGAAUUUUAUUACAUUUACACAGCACGCAACGAUAGUUCGAGGAUUGAAACAGUACUUACAUUAGAGGCAAAGUAUCCCGAUAAUUACUCUCGUGUGUUUGAAAUAGAAAAGACUGAAACAACCUGGACUUUAUUCAACAUCCCUAUUGAGGAGACGUAUGACUCUGCUGUGUUUGAAUUUGUUGCAACUCAAAGGGGAACUGGGACGUCAUAUUAUAGCCAGAAAAUUUACAUUGAUGACGUGUCCUUUAGGAAGAGGGUCUGCACAAUGGGACUUCAGGAUCUCAGCAUGUGCAGCUUCACCAACCCACACCUGUGUGACUACGAUUUGAAUUGCACAGCCGGGUCUGGCUUCAUUUGGACCCGUCACUAUGGUUAUACAGACAACCCGCUGAAUGGGCCUUCGGCAGACGCAGAUGGCUCUCCAACAGGCUACUACCUGUAUGUUCAUAACUCAAUGGGCGAAGUUGGACACACAUCUGUGGUGUGGUUCCACGUUACCAUGCCAACAGAUAGCACCAUCGCGCACUACAUGUUCUCCUAUCAUAUGCUCGGCGCUGGAGUCGGUCGACUUGAGACAUUUAUUCAAGCACGAGGCUCGAGCUUAGGACCUGUUCGUAGCAUCCGUUCUCUCAAUACUGAUCUAUGGUUGGAUUCUGAUUGCUAUGUCUUGCCAGAUGGUUUCCAUGGAGACAUAUUUCUCCGAGCUGUCAGAGGAGACAGUGAUUUUGGAGACAUUGCUAUCGACAAUGUGAAGGUGUUUCAGGGACCUUGUCCAGUCAAGUCAGUAGCUUGCAGUUUUGAGGCGGAAAAAUGUGGAUACAUUCAAACUAGUAGAAGUUGGGAGUUGAAAGAUGGAUCCAUCUCAACCCCUUUUCCUGGGCGUCUAGAUGCUCCGAUGAAUGCGGUGAACUGGUCUACCGGUGACACCUGUAUAUCAAUAGUGUAUUCCGCUGGCAUAGAAGACACGUUCGUCGUAGAAGCUGAAGAUGAGACGGGCAACAUUGAGCGCCGUAAAUUUUACAAUAACGGAAAUGGCACAGGAUUAGUUGGCACAUUUACAGUCCGUGCUUUAAACAGACUUUCGUUUUUGUCGGAGAAUGCAUCAGUGAAGAUAGAGGAAGUUGGAAUGUUAUCAGGACAGUGUCCAGUUUUAACAUGUGAGCCACGCUGCGCCGAGCAAUGUUUGUCGACCAGGCGCGUGUGUGAUAAGGUCAUUGACUGCUUUGGGGGUGAAGAUGAACGUGAUUGUGGCUUCAGCAUCUCGUGUAACUUCUCGACCUCAGACUGCGGAUAUACUGCUAGCCCGGUUUCCUCUAUAGUGUGGGCACGCACAAGGUCGCACACGUAUAGACAGGGGAACAACACGUUUACGAUUUCACCAGCCGUUGGUGACCACAUGCUUAUAACAAAAAUCACCGCAAGAGGCAGCCUAUCCCUGUCCGUUGCCAGCUCCAUACAGUUCACGCUUAGGGAGGCCUCGUGUAUGUAUUUCACGUACGCUGGCUCCCUGGAAUCUCUCUCCGUUUUUGUCCAGUCUUCAGAUGGUGCCAUGAGCCGUAACUGGAGCGAUUAUGCUGUCGGUCAAGGGAAGGGCCAAUGGCGACCUGGUCAGAUGGCAAUUCCUGCAGGCUCAUGGGAGAUCUUAAUAAGCACUAGUCUCAUUGGAAAUACAGAAGAUCCCUUUGACAGGCAGCCAUUCGUGGCUAUUGACAACAUAGUCCUGGAAACCGGGCGGUGUGAUUUGAACUUGCCAGUUUGCCCAUCAACUACGCCUUACAAAUGUAGCGACGGCAGUAAAUGCUAUGGUGACCACAACAUAUGUGACCGUAGUAUUUACUGUGAUGAUGGAACUGAUGAAAGCACGGCAGUGUGUGGAGAAAUGUUCCUGAUCCCAUGUGACUUUGAGCACGCAGCAGCAUGCGGGUAUAACCUUGUUAGUCCCACGGAUCUUAUCGCCAAUCCCGACGGUCAAUGGCGUAGACGGGGCGUAUAUGCGCAUCAGAUACCACCAUACGACAAGACGUUUGGAGAUGAUCGAGGGCACUUUGCUCACUUCUCCGAAUGGCUGGCCCACUCCUCGUCAUUCGCUCCACAUACGGGAUAUCUGAGGUCACCGAGGGAGACUUUCAACACAGAUGGCUGCAUCCAGUUCUGGUACUACCUCAACGGAACCGCCAUUCAGCCAGACGCUUUGUCCGCGCAGAUCUAUGUCCGCCUAGUGUACAGCAAUGGUGUAACGGAGCUUCGCUGGUAUGACCAGGUGAACCGAAAGAUCGAUACUUGGAUUCAGGGCGGAGUUCCAGUACGUGGUAAUCAGGAGGUGUACCUGGAGAUCACCGCCAUCGUCUCUGAACCCCCUACAGCCUGGCCCGGCACUGUUGCCGUUGACGAUAUCAGCUACCAAGAAGGAGCUUGCUUCAUAGCACCGCGUAUGUUGUCUGGGUUAAGAUUGAUGGAGUUGUUGGUCUUUUAA